AUGCCGCCAGCACGUUUAGGCAGCUCGCUAUUCGGGACGUUCCGAGCAGCCUCAAUCCGUCCAGCAGCAACCUCGCGACAAUGCUGUCUGUACCAUUCGUACGAUUACGCCCAACCGCCGCCGUUUCCGCCUGCAGAGUCGGCCAUCCUAUCCUCCGCAUACGCACACGUUCCCCGUCAUGGCUUCACCAUAGAUGCGCUUAAGCUUGGUGCCCGCGACGCCGGCUACCUUGAUGUUUCAACCAACUUGCUGCCGCGGGGCGUCUUCGAUCUUGUAAACUACCAUCUGGUAACGCAGCGAUUGGCAUUGCAAAACAAUGUACAGUUUCCGGAUCAAGCAGAGGCCGGCAAGAAGAUGGGCAUUGGUGCCAAGGUCAGAACUCUGACACUUGCGCGGUUACGAGCAAACGAAAGUGUUAUUGACCGAUGGCAAGAGGCACUCGCCAUCAUGGCCCAGCCUACGUACAUGCCUGCUUCAUUCGCCGAGCUAGCGAAGCUGGCAGACGAAAUAUGGUUCCUGUCAGGCGAUCAAAGUGUCGACAGCAGCUGGUAUACGAAACGAGCGACCCUCUCCGCAAUCUACUCGUCGACGGAAAUAUACAUGACGCAGGACAAGUCGCAUAACUUUGUCGAAACGGAGCAGUUUCUGGACAACAGACUGCAAGACUUGAUGAAAGUCGGCGGCUUCGUGGGAGGGCUGGGUGAAUGGCUCAACUAUACGGGUCAUUCCACGAUCAACGUCUUGAGGAGCAAGGGCGCACGCAUCUGA